AUGUCUGUGGUCAAGCCCGCGCCCGUGCGCCGUUCGAUGCGGCUCUCAAGCACCAGCAAGCCUAUUGAACUGUCCAAGAUAGAUUCAGUCGCUCCAACUCCUGCACGGAAGCGACGCAAGGCGGUCGUGUCCGAGUCUCCCAACACACUCCCUCCCUUGCUGCCUGCUGAGGAGGUGGCCCAAUGCACCACCCUAGUCCAACCGAAACUUCCUUUCUCCCUUGCGGAAGCUCAAGAGCAUCUCUGCCGUGUAGAUCCUCGCUUCCAUACCCUGUUUGCUCAGAUGGAUCUCAAGAUGUAUGAGGAAUUGCGCGACGGACAGGUGAAGGAACUCAAUCUUUUCCGCGUGUUGACCACCUCCAUCCUCGGACAGCAGAUCUCCUGGCUUGCAGCACGCAGUAUUAUGUACAAAUUCUGCCGCGUAUUUGAUCCUAGCCUGCCGUUACAACCUGAUUUUGAGCAUCUACCUAAGGAUAAACUACCCUUUCCCACACCGCUCCAGGUGCUCGAUGCGACGGACGAAUCUCUACGAAGCGCCGGCCUGAGCUCGGCUAAAAUCACAUAUGUACGUGAUGUUGCUCGGCGGUUUGGCGAUGGCCGUCUGGAUGUCCGCAAGAUUGUCGGCAUGGACCCAGAGGCUUGCAUCGCUGAGCUUGUCCAGGUCAGGGGGGUAGGCCGCUGGACAGCCGAAAUGCUUCUCAUGUUUGCGUUGCGCAGCCCAGAUGUGUUGCCUGUAGGCGAUUUGGGCGUGCAGCGCGGCAUUGUCCGCUUUUACCUAGCCGAUACCGCUGGGCUCAUCGUAUCAGCACAGAAGCGGAAAAGCAGCUACGUUCCUGCCGACCAGACGUCCAAGUGCCCAUUUCCAGCGUCGACCUUGUCUCUCGAGGACUUGCGCUUGCGCGCGCAAGGGAAGAAGACGGCAAGAAAGAUGUAUCUGGAUCCGCACGAGAUGGCCGCGCUUGCUGAGCCGUGGGCCCCUUUCCGCUCGGUGGCCUGCAUGUUCAUGUGGUCGAUUGAGGGCUAA